AUGCCUGCUUCAUUUACCGAGCCUGAGGAGGAAUUCCAGUUUGACUUCCGAAGAACUAAUUUUGCUGCCUUAGGGCGUUCUUUAGCGAUGGUUGAUUGGGCCCCUUUGUAUAGUGCCAACAGUAUCAAUGAAGCGGUUGACUAUUUGAUAGUCACGUUGAAUGGAUUAUUCAGUUUACAUGUGCCUGCAACUCGUCCCAAACGGAAUCCCCCAUGGGCCAAUAAGAGGCUACGAGCAUUAAAAAGAGAUUGUGCUAAAGCUCUUCGGCACUACUCUCACCAUCGCAACCCGUAUACAAAACGAGUGUUCGUGUCAGCCAGUAACAGCUACAGAAUCUACAAUCAAUUGCUUUACACCUUAUACGUGCAGCGUACUCAAAAAAGCCUGAAGCAGAAUCCCAAACGGUUCUGGUCAUUUGUGAAUGGUAAACGGAAAGAGCGAGGGCUUCCAUCGAUAAUGUCACAUGGGACAAAUACAGCGAGCUCUGCAGAUGGAAUCUGCCACUUAUUUGCAAAUCAUUUCUCUAGCGUAUUCAAGACUGAACCAGUUGCUUCGCGAAUAAUCGACGAUGCUCUCCGAAAUGUACCACAAGGAAUACUUGACAUGCGAGAUAUUUGCUUUUCCGAAACAGACGUUGCAGCUGCAAUUAAGAAGCUAAAACCGUCUUUGCAACCGGGACCAGAUGGUAUACCACCAAUCAUCUUCAAGAACUGUGUAGAUACGUUAUGUGCACCCUUAACCGCAAUUUGCAACUUGUCGCUGAGUCAAUCAUCAUUCCCAGAUGCCUGGAAGGAAUCAUUUUUGUUUCCUGUGUUUAAGAAAGGCGAUCGCACAGCUGUGGAAAACUACCGAGGAAUUACCUCUUUAUGCGCAGGAUCGAAGCUACUGGAGAGUCUCGUAAAUAAGCUUCUAUUUCAGGAAGUAAAGCGUCAUAUCUCCUGUGACCAGCAUGGAUUUUUUCCAGGACGGUCGACCACCACAAAUCUCACAGAGUUCACAUCAUUCUGCAUCCAGAACAUGGAAAACGGAACUCAAAUAGAUACUAUUUACACAGACCUGAAGGCGGCCUUUGACCGUGUGGACCAUGAUUUGCUUCUGGCCAAAGUAAAACGGAUGGGUGCGGUACCGACCUUUGUAGACUGGCUGAGGUCAUAUCUGGUUAACCGGCGUCUCUCUGUGAGACUGGGCAGCGCACGUUCGAAUCAAUUUUCUAAUCGAUCUGGUGUUCCGCAAGACCUUGGCGUACACCUGGAUGAGAAGCUCUCGUUCCGUGAGCAUUAUUCGUACAUAAUAGCGAAGGCCAAUAAAAACUUGGGAUUUAUCUUUCGAGUCACCAAGGAAUUUCGGGAUCCCUAUUGCCUGCGCGCUCUUUACUACUCCCUUGUGCGAUCCGUAAUUGAAUACGCUGCUGUAGUGUGGAGCCCUUAUUCAGGUAUUUGGUCGUCCAGAUUGGAAGCCAUCCAGCGUAGAUUCGUUCGAUACGCGCUUAAAUAUCUCCCAUGGAGAAACACAUACGAUCUGCCUCCGUAUUUGGUCGUCCAGAUUGGAAGCCAUCCAGCGUAG